CUAGAAACAGGACCUUCAGCAGCACAUUCGCAAGCACUAGCUAAAAACAAUACACUUUAUAAAUAGUUUGACGUGGCAAGGACAAGAGAAGGUCCUGUUACAAAGAAAACAAAUGAUGAAAUGCACACAACAGACUUAAAGUAGUGAAGUGUGUCAACAAGAAACGUGAGAAGAGGGGCGUAGAAGUGACAAGCUAUGUAAGAAGGAAAAGGAACAGCAUUGCUCCGGGUGAAAAACCUGAAGAAUGUGACUUAACAGCUUUUUCAUAAAAGACUUCUCACAAGUUACUUCAACUGAUGUAUUCCCCUCAAGUGAACAAUGAAUGAAAAAACAGAUGAAAGAGACUUUUGGAGGAACUCUUGUCAACUUUGAGUGCUUGUUUAUCUUCCAGCAGAUGCUCAGAUGUCUCCUGCUUGCUGUUUUCUGGAUUUCACCUCAAACUAAACUUCACUCAUGGGCCUCUUUCCAGCCAUGUCCAAGUUCAUACGGAAGGGGAAGUGUCUGUUUCUUCUACUGUUGUGUCUUUGCGUUGUAGCGUGGAUAGCAACAUUGUCAAAUGAUGACACAGUUGAGCCUGUCCAGGAGGGAUCAAAUCCUCCUGAAGAUAAGAGUGUCGAGGGGUUUGCUAAGCUGGAGCUGGAAUCAGAGAUGAUGCAGAGCAUAGAGGAGCGUGUAGAAGAGCAGGCUGCCAAAGAGAGCUGUCCAGAGCGCUCACCCCUGCUCCGAGGCGCUUUCAAGCUGUCAUUUGAUCCCUCGCUGAAGAUAGGGCAGGUAGAGAGUGAAAACGGGGAGGUCGUGGAGGGUCAAUAUAACCCCUCUGACUGUACGGCCAGGCAGAGUGUGGCCAUCCUUAUCCCUCACAGAAACAGAGAAAAGCACCUGCUCUACCUCCUCUACCACCUUCACCCGUUCUUACAGAGGCAGCAGCUUCACUACGCCAUCUAUGUCAUUCACCAGGCUGGAGAUGCUACAUUUAACAGGGCAAAGUUAUUAAAUGUUGGCUACCUCGAAGCUCUGAAAGACCACAGCUGGGACUGUUUCAUCUUCCAUGAUGUUGAUCUAGUUCCUGAGAAUGAUCAUAAUUUAUACAUGUGUGAGGAUCAGCCUAAGCACUUGGUAGUGGGGAGAAAUUCCACUGGGUACAAACUCAGAUACAAAGGUUACUUUGGAGGUGUUUCGGCCAUGACAAAAGAUCAGUUUCACAAGGUGAAUGGCUUUCCAAACUCCUACUGGGGCUGGGGUGGAGAGGACGACGACCUGAGAAUAAGGGUGACACUGCAGAAAAUGUCAAUAAUCCGUCCAUCCCCGGAAGUUGCACGCUACACCAUGGUCUUUCACAAGAGGGACAGCGGCAAUCAAAUCAAUAAAGAUAGGAUGCAAUUGCUACGCCGUACUCAUCAGGCAUGGAAGACUGAUGGUUUGAACUCCUGUUCCUACAAGAUUCUGUCUGUCCACAGAGCACCACUCUUCAUCAACAUCACUGCGGACAUUGGCCGGCCGGAGCAUGCUCAUUGAGCCGGGUUUUUGGACACUGAAAUUCGAGAGACACUUAGCAUUAAAAACCCAACAUUCACCAGUGCCUGGCAGAUCCAGUACUAGGUGUACAGGUUGCACUAUGGAUCUGUCCAACUUGACUCUUUAUGGCCCUGCAAGAUAAUAAGGCCAGAAUUCUGAUCAAACACUACUUUAAGUAUUACAAUAAUCAAGUAGAAUUUAAUUAGUCUGAUCAUGUAAAACUUUCAGGGUUGAAAUGAAAACAAAUUCAAUAUUCAUUACCUCCAGUUAUGCAGUUAUGGGUUUAUAUAAUGUAUUCUGUAUGACUUGUAUUCGUUAAGGUCGUUACAGAAUAUGGCACAACAUCUGGGAGUAAUGGAACACAAAAGAGCUGCACCUGAUAGGUCAAUAGGUAUAUAUGAUAUAGACUUAACAUUUGUACUUUAUACAGGCAGAGGAGGUUUACUUGAGUCUUUAAAGCAAGUCUGCAUGUUCUGUGAUGAUGAUUCCAGCUGAAUAUGCUUCUAAUAUAUGUCUGGUGGAAAGUUGUAGAUACUGUAGUAGGUGUUUGGGUCCAAUGAUUUGGUUUAAUCAGUUCAGUUUCAUUUCAGUGAAAUGUAGCUGUAGAUGGGUUAUGUUACAUUUUUACAUUGUUCAGACAGAAUGGCUGUUCACUCAAAAAACUGGGUGGUGUUGGCUUUUUUCAGAGAGCAGAGAAAAGAGACUUUUGUUUACUUAGGAUAAUAUCAUCUUAUUGUCGUGAUCCUUUCCAUUUUUAAAAGCUCACAUAUUGUGUCAUAAUCAGAAUUUGUCAGAAUUUAAAAUGAUCCAUAAAAUAAAGUACAUUACAGACUAGAGUCUGCUUCAGUUUUUAAACUCUUAGUACAAUUUAUAUAGAAGCUUUUCAGAAACAAAGUUUGACUAGAAAUUGAUCUUGACAAGUUGCAUUUCAACACAACAUGGCCAUCUCAUCAAACCUGCUAAUUGUUGAGUAUGAGGACAGAACUAUAAGAGCUCUUUUUCAACAAAACA